AUGAAGACUCUAAUACCUCUUGCUCUGGUCUUCUUGGCUCUCUACCAGGCAGCUGAAAGUGUAGUGGUUCAGGAGGGCGAGUUCUCCUUCCCCUUGGAAGAUGUGAAGAAACUGAAGGAUUUCCUGGACAGUGAUGCAACCAUGAAGCAGAACCGCGUUGCCCUGGGCAACCCCAAAGCCAUGUGUACCCAGCCGGGCUUCCCCCAGGAGCUCCAGCCAGUGUGCCAGAGCAAAGACGCCAACGCCUCUCUCCUCAGACUGGCGCUGGUCACUUUCCAAAUGGACUCCUGCGAGAUUUGUGCUUACGUCGCUUGCACCGGCUGCUAAGAAACUGAAGUUGGACCGAGAUCAACACAUGGCCUCAUCAUCUCAAGCGGCCAUUCUUAUUAUCAAACUGCAGAGAGUUCGCAUAGCAAUUGCUUGUUGAUUUCAGUUUUCUCCGGUCUGAAUUACUUGUCUGUAGUGACUUACUAUUUUUUCUUAUACGUAGUGUGCUGAAGUAAGUGUACUCAAGUUCAAGUAUGUUGUAUCAGGGUUUUCUUGCAUACUUCUCAGAGAAGUAAAAGUAAAGGUUUAGAUAUUUGUGUGUCUGUAUUUUAUGGCCUACUGUGUACCUCUAUACAUGUUUGUAAAUAUGUGAAACCUGCUAUUUUAGAUUAUAUUUUCUA